AAAUGUAUUACACAAUACAUAACACAAACACAACAACAAUAACAACACGUGUUAUGCAAUUAAACGCGCGAUUUAUGUCCAGUAGUUAUAUAACAAUCACAACAACAACACGUGUUGGCCAUCAAUGGAUUAUUUGACCACAUUUGACAACAUAUCGUCAGUACGGCCGCUGAUGGCCAGUGAGAGUCGCCGCCAAUCGAUACGUUUGUUAAGUGUUUUCGGUAAUAACGGCGCGGAAGUGAUAUUCGCCACAAUUGACGACAAAGUGUACGGUUUUGGUCACAAUCGAUACGGACUAUUGGGUUUGUCGACCAACGAACGGGACAUUUCGAGGCCACAGCUCAAUCGGACACUUAGCGGCCGACAAGUGGUCAACAUUUACUGGUCAUACGAUUCGUGUUUUGGCCGUACAUCGACUGGCCAGUGGUACGGCUGGGGUUACAAUGUGUACGGCUCGCUUGGUAUCGGUAAGACUGGCACCGAAUGUGUGACUACACCCGUACUUAUAGCCGAACUUUCGGGUCUGGAUGUGGUGGCCGUUGCGUGCGGCGGCAAACAUACACUACUGAUGACCAGCGAUCGGCUGGUCUACGGCUGGGGUGAUAACAAUUUCGGUCAAUUGGGCGACAAAACAUUCAACAACUGUUUCGCACCGAAAUUGCUAUUCAAUCGGCAAUUUGUGUCCAUCAGUUGCGGACUGAAUCACUCGAUCGGUUUAACCGAUUGCGGCCAACUCUAUACGUGGGGUAUCAAUGAAAAAGGACAGCUCGGCUGUCAUCCGGAUUGCGAGCCGCAACCAGUUGUUAUCGAUCACAAGUACUCUGUACGCAAUCAACCGAAACCGUUGGUGACGGUGGCCGACGGCUGCAGCGAACUGGUCGCCAGCAAACAAGUAGUGGUCAAAGCUGUUUGCGGACCCGACUAUACAUUGAUAUUGACGGCCAGUGGCAGUGUCUAUGGUUUCGGUUACAAUACGUGGGGAUUGAUACGAAACGCUAUGAAAUCUGUCUACUAUUUACCGAUUUGUUUGGCAGACAACAACCGAUUUUGCGAUAUUGCCGCCAGUUUUUUGGGCCGACUCAGCAUUGGUGUCACUCUUGACGGUGUCUAUUAUUUUUGGGGCCGCGAACCGAAUGUUCCCGAAUAUGAAUCGUUGUCCUCGUCGUCGUCGUCAGACCCGCAGAUGUCCACCGAAGUGAUGAUCGACGAAAUGUAUGCCCGAUAUUCGCGAACAAAUAAAGCGCUGAAGACAUUCAUACUGAAAGAGUUGGACACAAAAACAUUGAUCACAACAACAACGACGGAUGUCUUGAAUGAUGACGAUGUCUACGAUUCGGGAGAUGAAAACCAAUCGACAAUAACAACAGCACUAAGAGAUGUCAAUUCAUUGAUAGGAAAGCCUAUUAUUGACAGACCAUUGGUUAGUAGUCGUGAGGCGACUGUUGUUGUCAAUCAAGUGAUCAAAUCUAGUGAUAAUAAUAAUAAAUCUCAAUCUAUUAGCGAUAAUUCAUUUGUCAGCAUUUUUAUGGACAAUAUUUUCUCGUCAUUUAACUCAUCGGUUGAUUCAGAUGUUGUGUUCAUUAUUGAUGGCCAACACAUUCAUUGUCAUCAAACAGUUCUCAGAUUACGUAACAAAAUGUUUUGGCAAAAGUGUCGGUCAGUAGCUGUCGAAGUGGUCAACAAUAACAGCAAUAACAACAACAACAACAUGAAGACAGUGGAGACCAUCGAUGAGAUACACAUUACUACCUAUUCGUACGACACUUUCUAUGAGUUUGUCCGCUAUUUAUACGGCUUUGAACCCGAAAUCAAUGACUCUAAUUGUAAAUCACUUAUAAAGUUAGGCAAAGUCUACGAUGAAGACCUACUAAUUGAUCGUUGUAUUGAAUAUUUAAUUAAAAAUUAAUUAUUUUUUUUUGUAUUUAUGAUUAUAAAAAUUAUAAUUGAUAAAAUAAU